AUGCAAUAAAUUCCUAGAAUUCAAAUUAGUCAUUUUAGUUAUUUACAAUCUGAUUUAAUUGGUUCGGGCUACAAGAGUCAAGUAUACAAAGGAGUGAAUGAUUUGAAUGGAGACUUGGUAGCAAUAAAGGUGUGCAACAUGAAAUAACUAACAAAUGAAGUUGAGUUGAUGCUGCUCAAUUAGGAAAUCUAUGCGUUGGGAUUGCUGGAUUCUCCCAACAUCAUUAAGAUGUAUCAAUGCAUUCGUUCGCAAUCAAACACCUACAUAAUAACUGAGUUUUGCAAUCAAGGGGAUCUCGCCUAAUUGAUUGAGAGGAAAAAUCAUCUGCAAGAAAACGAGGCCACCCAGCUAUUCAAAUAAAUUAUCACCGGUUUUUUGGAACAAACCAGAAAAGGUAUAAUUCAUAGAGAUAUCAAACCCUCAAACAUUCUGUUAAGCAAUGGCAUACCAAAAAUAGCAGACUAUGGAUUUUCUAAAAUAAUGAAUGUUCAAGAGAAAGUGUAUUACAAUGUUGGUACAACACUAUAUAUGAGCCCAUAGGCUUUGAUGGAUAAUUAAUACUCCGAAAAAAGUGACAUUUGGAGCAUUGGCAUAAUGUUUUAUUAAACUCUCUGCGGUUGCACUCCCUGGGUAGCUGAGACAGAGAAAGAAUUUAUUAAAUUAAUUACCACCACUCCCAUUCAAUUCCCAAAAAAGAUUCUAUUGUCACCCCACGCCAAAGAUUUCAUCAUCAAGUGUUUGCAAGUAGACAUGAACAAAAGAUUCUCAGCAAAUCAACUGCUCGAUCACCCUUUAUUUAAUGAAAAACCUAGAUUGCUAUAAAUUAGUGGAUCCUUCCACAUUACAAGAGGACAAACACAAUACUAAUAAUAGCAAAAGGACAAUGAAUGGAAGCGAAGGCUCAGUCCUCGAGAGGUAAUUGACAGAAAUUACAACAACAAUUAUUUCAAUCAUCCUCUAAAGCCAUAAUUUUCCAUUCAAAAUCCAACUAAAGACUUUCUCCAAAAUGAUUUAAUUCUAUAGAACAUUUUUUAUUUACUAAAACUCAUUCUCAGAGUAGCCAAAUUAAUAGAUCACUUUGAUUUUUUUAAUUAGAAUUGCUUAUAAGAGAAAAUACUCUACUUUAUGAUCAAGCAUGCCCUAUUUAAGACUAAGCAAUUCAAAUUAAUGAUAGAUUCAAACAUCAACACUUUAGGAUUAGUCAAUUUCCAUCAAUAUACCCUAAAUACUGAUCUCAAAAAAUAAUACAGCACUGAAAUCAAUGAGUUUUAACAUAACUUUACAAGAUCUUUUGAAAGAUUGUGGAUGAGAGUUCAGGAUAAUCAAAAUAUCUACAAGAUCCUUAUUCAAGAUUAAAAAUUUGCAGCUGUUUUCGAUAGAAGUGAAUUAGAAGUACUUUCUCAUUAUGUUUUGAUGUUGCCAGUAUUAAAAUAGGCCAUCUAUGAACUCAGGACAGUUUUGUCAAUCAAAUUAAAUCUUUACACUGAUUUUUAGAUUCCUGAACCUAGGGAAGAAGCUGCCAUCAUAUUAUUGGAUUACCUUGUCCUUUAUAGUCAGAUUUGCGAUAAUAUCGCUUAGAAUUUGGACAACUUCACAUAUCGAAUUACUUAGUUUUAAUUGAAAAAAGUUGUAGAAACAAAGCCGAUUAAUAAUAACAAAUGUAAAUACAGAGAUAUUUGCAAGUAGAUUGGAAAUUUACAAUUAAUGCUGUGA